AGUAGUGAAGAGAGAAAACGUUUGUAAUCUUUGGCAAAAGAUAAACCCACACAGAAAUCAUAUCGAAUCAAAAUGUUAAUACGUUGGAAGAGUAAAGAUAAGAGUUCGUCGUCUAAUCAAAAUGCCUGUGGUUCGGGCAGCGGUGGUGGUGGCAGCAGUUCAUCUUCCAAAAAGAAGCGCAAAGGCCGUGAGGGAGAAGACUGGCAAAAUGAACAACAGAAAUCUGGUAGAAUGCCAACCAACGAACAAAUUGGCAUUGGCGUCGGUGGAGUUGGCGGCGGAGGCGGAGGAGGAGGCGGUGGAGGCGGCGAUGAACGCAGACGGGCCAUGCGACGAGAUGAUCCACGAAGGCAUACAUUGGGCGGCGAUAUGUUAAUCUAUGGCGGUUCCCAGCAUCCUCACGCCCAUCAAAUGGCACCACAACAGCAGCGAGCCAUGGAUCUGGAGAUGAGCACACGCGCUCAGAAGAAUAAAAAGAAUCAACCAAUGCGCGGCUAUGCCCCUGUCAAUCAGGGCCCACUCUUCGAUGACGAUCCUGGCAUCAUGUCCGAGGUGGAAACAGCCAGCACUGGCUUUCGUCGUGGCGGCAAACAGAGAUCUUCAUUGCCCGUGGUAAGGACACCAUCGAAAACGCUGGAACGUCCCUUGGGUCUGGUCUUUUUGCAAUAUCGUUCGGAAACCAAACGCGCCCUGCUACCCAAUGAGAUAACCUCAAUUGAUACGGUUCGCGCCCUCUUUGUGCGUUCCUUUCCACGCCAGUUGACCAUGUCGUAUUUGGAGGGGCCGAAUGUGAAAAUCUAUAUACACGAUGCCAGCAAGGAUAUGUUCUACGAGCUGGAGGAUGUUCGUUCACAUCUACGCGAAAUACGCGACAGAUCUGUGCUACGUCUCUUCGAAUCGACCGAAGUGGCGGCACCACCGCAAAUAUUACCCGGCGGUCCGGGCAUACCACAGCCUCUGCCACAAUCUCAGGCUCCGGCCAAUUGGGAUCAGGAUCAAAGCUAUUUCAGUGAACCCGAAUUCGAUUCCGAUUACAAGCAUCAGCAUAUACACAAAUCAAAGAUUGGCAAACAGCCAGCUCCCUAUUAUGUUGGAUCCUCACAAACCUUGCCACGCGGCAUGUACUCAUCGGAACGUAACAAAGUCUCAAUGGGAGCGCCUGUGAAACCUCUUAGAUCGCUUAAUAGCAGGGGUAGCAUGGAACCCCUGUUUCCCUAUACCCCGGAUCAGUUAUACAGUAUUCCAGAUGGUUACACCAGCUCACCGGAGCGCAGUUCGAGAGGAAACUAUGAGGAGCCAUAUUAUAGUCAAUAUGGGACACGUGGAACUGUUGUGGCCCCCAUUAUAGAUGAGGAACAAGGAGAUGUGACCCUCACUGAAGAUCAGUAUGCUCUAUAUGGUAUUAAAGUUGGACCCGGCCCCGGUCCCAAUCGUUUGCCGCAUCGUGGCAAUCAAAUCUAUGAUCCAACUAGGCCGGAAGAUUUGCAUCGCAUACGCGUCGAGCAUAUGGAGCGACAAUUGGCCAAUCUCACCGGACUUGUGCAAAAGGCCUUGGUCAAUCAGAAUCCACAAAUUGCUCCAUUACAAGUGCCCACAUUGGAUCCCAACUACUUGGUUGUACCCAAUCAAAUGCAAGCUAACGGUUCCGAUGAUGGACUGUAUGUUAGAGAGAAGGCACCCAAAUUGGGCAAGAAUUCGUGUCAGAAAUCCGUGUCCUUUGAGAAAUCUGUUUCGUUUAGCGAUGAUAUACAGGGUAUACCAAAAUCUCAUAGUCCACUACAUGCUGCUGAUACGAAACCAACCAAGCCGGCAAUCAAAUCGUCCACCUUACCACGCACAUCGUCACAAGAACGCGAUCGUCUCAAGCCGCCGCCACCACCAAAACCCAUAGUUUUGGCCCAGACCACCCAUCCCAGUUAUCGGGCGGAUAUUGCUUUGGCCCCCGAGAUGUACAAUCAUUUGCGUGGCCUGCAAAAGAAGGCCAAAGAUUUGCGGAUGGAGGUCCGCACUCUGCGACGAUUAUCCCAAGCUCAGGCGGUGGCUGUACGCGAGGACAUCAAGGGGACAUUUAUGCGUAUACGCGCCACAUUAUUGGCCAGCAGUGGCAGCUUUUGGGGUCAUCAGAACGAUCAGGAUGCCACACGCAUAUCACGUGAAGAGGAACUCUACAAACAGGAAGUGGUGCGAUUGGAGAAAGAUCUAUCCGAUUUGGAGGCAUCCGUUGAGAAUUUACGCGGUGAGGUUAUCAAUCGUCGCACACGAGUCAAUAUGACAGCAGUCGAGGAUAUGGCCCUAGUGUUGAGUCGUGCCAGCAAAACUGUGGCCGAACUAAAGUUAAAAUUUCCGGCUCUAUCCAAUGGUUUGCGUUGCAUUUUAUCCAGCGAAAUGGAGAAAGUGGUGCGUGAAGAAAAGUUCCUCAAAGAAGAACCCGAUCGCUUGGAAUCGGCAUUGCGACGUUGCAAGAAAUUAACUGGCACAUUGGUAACACUGAAACGUUUGGCGAGCGUUCAGGAGCAACGUCUGCCGCCCAAUGAGCCGGCAAUUAGCGAAGAGCCACGUUCAGCGGAUAUAUCAGCGCCCGAUAAGCCAAUCCCAACACCCAGGAUGGGGUCGUUCACUAUCAGCGGGGGACUCGCACCCGAAAACGCACUCGAUGCUCUGCUAGAUGAGCUAAAAACAUUUUCGAAGCCUAUUGCCCAACAACAACAACAACAACAACAGCAGCAGCAACAACAACAACAGCAGCAGCAGCAGCAACAACAACAACAACAACAACAAUUCGAGAUACGCCCCGAAGAUUCGGCAUCCGAUGAGAGCGCCCAGGCCGCAGUACAAAGCACAGUUACCACGCAAAUCUCACAGGCUCGUCUCUAUACGGAGGCCAAUAUAAACAUGCAACAGGCCAAUGCUACCAAUACCAGCAUGGUUAUGGCCAUGGCCACCAGUCAACGCGGUGGGCAACAGCAACAGCAACAGCAACAACAAUUGAUGGUUCACACCAAUAUGGGAAGUUUGCGACGUCUACACUCAUAUCCCAGCGAAUCGGAUAGCGACUUACCAAUGGCCAAUGGCGGUAGCAGCGUCGGUGGUGGUGUGGGUGCGGGUGCGGGUGCGGGUAUCGGUGGUGGCAAGCCACCAGUACCCGAACGUAAUGCCGAUUUGAUAACGAAAGUUGGCCACAAACGUAUACCGCCACCACCACCGCCACGCACCAGCUCACGCAGUCCACUGGCCAGUCCAACAAGCCCAAAUGUGCCACAGAAUAUGUCUGGUGCUGCAGCUGCUGCCGCUGCCGUCGAAUCGUCAAUGAGCGGCGGCGGUGGUAAUGACACCUCCAGCGGUGAUAACUCUAGCGGCAAUGAGUCCGGCAACGAUCAUGCCCAACGUCAAGUGGCCCUCGAGAUGCGUCACCAGGAGCUAUUGAAGAAACAGAAAUUGCUCCAAGAGCAAUAUCAACGAUUGCAGCAAAUGAGCAAAAUUCCCUCAGUGGAUGUGACAUGUCCAUCGUCAGAUGGCAGUGGCGGAGGUGGAGGUGGAGGUGGAGGCGGCUCUGCCACUGGCACACUACGUAAACUGGGCAGUGAGACGAAUAUCCAGCAAAAGAUAGCAGCCCUGAGUUUGGCAUGCGAGGCAAAUGGUGCAGCGGCUGCCGAGGCUGCUGCAGCUGCAGCAGCGGCCGCAGCUGCUGUGGCUGCCACAAAUGGCGUGUCUCUGGUCAGUGGUGCUACGAGUGCGGGUGUAUGUGAUGGCGCCGCUACUGUUGGUGGUGGUGGUGGUGGUGCUGCUGCUGCUGCUAGUGCUGGUGGUGGUGGUGGUAACACAUCCAGCACCACCAAACAGGUCUAUGAGACGGAGAUACUUUAACACAACUGGAAAUUGGCGUGGAACGAAACCAAAAUUGAUAUUUAGAACGGAAAGCUAAAAACCACACCAAAAACUGAAACCACUCUAUGCUUUCUCUCUCUCCAUGUCUCCCUGUCUCUAUCUCUCUCUCUCUCUCUCUCUCUAUCUCUCUCAUCCCUUCUCCGAUGAGAUGAGGGGAUUCCCACUCAUCCCCGUCCCUGCACUAACUCGAUGUAUUUGUGUUUGUGUAUCCAAAAUAAUUGUCGUCGAAAAUGCAUUUAGAAUUAUAUCAAAACUCAAAACUCAAAACUCAAAACAACAAAAAAAAUGAAUGAAACAAA